GCGAGAUUGCAAAGGUGUAGCGCCUCGGUGUGCAACAAACAUGGCGGGCGAGAGCGACACUUGUUGACGGGCAGGAUCGCGUCUCGGCCUCCUGCUCGCCCUCUGACCCCGUGACCUGCUGGGAUGAUGUGACCUCGGGGUGGCCACAGGUUCCAAGAUGAGUGGGCUACGCCGGCUCCGCGUAGCGGAGCUCCAUCCAAAUCUCCUCUGCAUUCUCUGUGGGGGAUAUUACGUGGAUGCAACCACCAUCGUCGAGUGCCUCCAUUCUUUUUGCAAGACCUGCAUUGUACGGUACCUGGAAUCAAGCAAAUUUUGUCCCAUUUGCGAUGUCCAAGUCCACAAGACGAAACCUCUGCUGAGCAUCAGACCGGACAAAACCUUGCAAGAUAUAGUUUAUAAAUUGGUCCCCGGCUUGUACCAAAACGAGAUGUGCCGACGGAGAGAGUUCUACACAGGCCACCCAGAGACGCAGCCAAUGAGCCAAGAGGAUGGGGGCAGUGACGUCGGCCGAUGGUACAUCCUCCCCGACGACCCUGUUUCCCUGGCGCUCUGUCCCGCUCCCCCAAUACUCAGCCCAACCCCCCCAUCACACCCCAACAAUCAUGGCUGCUUAACAGAUGGCUCCGGGGUGACAAGGGGAGAGGCUAUGCCACGGUUGUCUGAAGUUACUAAGGUUCGAGGUAGUCACAUGCGCUACCUUCAGUGCCCUGCAGGAGUAAGCGUGGCCCAGCUUAAACGACUCCUGAGGGCCAAGUUUGGGGUGGGGCCCUCUCACCCCAUGGCCCUCCUCACAGGCUCUUCCGAUGACCCCCUCAACGAUACACUGACACUGGUCGACGUGGCCUAUAUUACGUCAUGGCAGCGGACUGAACCCUUACAGCUGCUGUACCGAAUAUAUGAGAGAGCAAGCAAGAAAAUCAAACUGGACCCUGACACCUUCUGCAAGGAUUCUGGGAAUCUGUCUGAAGACAUGCCCAAGCUGGAGCCCAACAUAGGAACGGAUGUGGGUAGUAUUACCUGUUCCUCUGACUCCACAGGCAGUCUGACAGACUACCGUUGUGCUCCAUUGCUGCAGGCAGUGGGGGUGCUGGGCUACCCUCUGCCUCUCAAAAGUGAGCCUCCCCCAGAAGCUCCUGCAGCAUUGUCAUAUGUGGAUAUGGCCCCGGAGGUGGCCCAGCAGAAUGAGGGCCCCCGGCUAACUGCAGCUGUCAAGCAGGAAGACGCGCUGAAUGCUAAACCAGUGGAAAUACUGGCCAGUGAGAAGGAAAGGCCUUUGCAAGGAGUAACCAAUUCAGUGAGUGAAAUGAUACAGGGUAACAGUGAGGUUAGUGGUAAUGAUGCAAGCAAAGGGCACAGCAUGCUCCAUCCCAGUGACAGUGUAGGAGGUGGAGCAUUGGUGACAUACACACCAGGGUUUCCUGCACCCAGCAAUGGUGUCAAUGUUGGGAUUGCAUUUGUGCCAGCAGAGAUGGCAUGCAUAGCCCCAACGGCGGUCCCUUGUGCAAUAGUCCCUAGUGAGGGCUGCAUUCCAGUGAGUGAGAACUGCAUUUCCGAAGGUGUUGAGGUACCUGCAGGGGCAAGCAACACCAACACACAGACGCAAAAUCAUGCCAAUGGGAGUGUGGGUGGGGCUGCUGGGCCCAAUAGUUGGGGUGGAUUAGGACCUAAGAAGGAAACUGAGGCAGGAAUUAGUGAUGUGAUAGUGCCU